GUCACUGCCGCCAUGGCGGCGCCGCGCCCCGGCCGCGUCUCCGUGCUGCUGCCCACCUACAACGAGCGCGACAACCUGCCCCUCGUCGUGUGGCUGCUGGCGCGCACCUUCAGCGACAGCAGGAUCGACUAUGAAAUUAUCAUCAUAGAUGAUGGGAGCCCGGAUGGGACACAGGAAGUUGCUCAGCAGCUGGAAAAAAUAUAUGGAUCGGAUAAAAUACUUCUGCGACCCAGAGCAAGGAAGUUGGGCCUGGGCACUGCUUACAUUCACGGGAUGAAGUAUGCCUCUGGGGAUUUCAUCGUUAUCAUGGAUGCUGACCUCUCCCACCACCCAAAAUUUAUUCCAGAGUUCAUCAGAAAGCAGAAAGAAGGCAAUUUUGAUAUUGUGUCUGGAACAAGAUAUAAAGGAAAUGGAGGAGUGUACGGCUGGGAUUUGAAAAGAAAGUUAAUCAGUCGUGGAGCCAAUUUUCUGACUCAGGUCUUGCUGAGACCAGGAGCAUCAGAUCUAACAGGCAGUUUCAGGUUGUACAGGAAAGAAGUCUUACAGAAGCUGAUGGAGAAGUGUGUUUCUAAGGGAUAUGUCUUCCAGAUGGAGAUGAUUGUCCGGGCCCGGCAGCUGGGAUUCACCGUUGGAGAGGUUCCCAUCUCCUUCGUGGACCGCGUCUAUGGAGAAUCCAAACUGGGAGGCAACGAAAUUGUCUCCUUCCUCAAGGGGCUCUUGACCUUGUUUGCUACAACCUGAGAGUUCAUCCUAAAGUAAUUUUGCUAGACAAACAUUUUCUGACGUCCGUGUAGAUUUAAACAUAAAAUGGCAAAAGCUUGAUCAUUUGUGUGGUGGCCAGAAGACCUGCUAUGACCUAACAAAUAAACAGGCAUCAACAAUAAAUCAAACAUUCUGCAGCCCAGAAUGCUCCUUCCGACAGAAACGGACUGGAUGUCAAAGUAAAAAUUAAUAAAGGCUAAUGCUUUUCUAUUUUUGUAAGAAUAAUUGUCUUAAUAAAGAACACAAAGCUAAAUGAUCUUUUGCAUUUGGAAAUGAAUCACUAUUCAGCAGAAGCUAAGGAUAAUUUUGAAAUAAAGAUGAGCAAGGACCAAAAA